AUGGGUGUUGUCAACAAAGACGACGAGGCCCCCAGCCCAGGGGUCCAACACAUCGAACAAGAUACUGCUGUCGCCGAUGCCAUCAAGGCUGUUGAGCAUCGUGAUCUUGAGCGUAUUGAGGAGACUCAACCCGGUGCUUUCGUCUGGCUCUGCGCCGCAGCAACUGCUAUUGGCGGCAUGCUCUUUGGGUACGACACCGGUGUCAUCUCUGGAGUUCUGGUCGUCAUCGGAACAGAUCUGGGUGGGAAAGAGCUCACUCAUUCCGAGAAGGAGCUUGUCACCGCGUUGACUGCCGCUGGUGCUCUUCUAGAGGCCAUCUUCGCCGGCCUCACGGCAGACAAGCUCGGACGAAAACCCUCGAUCUGGUUCGCCAGUGUUCUGUUUACGCUCGGAGCUGUGAUUCAGUCAGCGUCCUUCUCUGUCGCUCAGAUGGCCGUAGGACGUCUUGUUAAUGGCCUUGGGAUUGGCUCAGCAUCUAUGAUCGUGCCACUAUACAUCGCCGAGAUAUCACCUGCAAGGUUCCGAGGCCGUAUGAUUUCUGUCGAUAUGAUAUUCCUCGGCAGCGGCUCGGUGCUUGCUUAUGCCUUUGAUGCUGCCUUCUACAAGAUACCUCAUGAAUGGCGCUACAUGACAGCAAUUGGAGGCAUUCCUUCUAUCGUGCUAGGAAUCCUCCUCUUCUGGUGCCCCGAGUCCCCACGUCAGUUGAUGUUCCACGGAAAGCGAGAAGAGUGCGUCCGAGUCCUCCGCAGAAUCUACCCCAACGCUCUUAAUGAGGAAAUCUCUCUUCGGAAGUCUGUCACAAGGAUUUUCACUAUCCCUGCGAACCUGAGGGCUGCUAUUUGUGCUUGCGGACUGAUGCUAUUCCAACAAUUCUGCGGUUUUAACACAUUGAUGUACUACUCCAGUACCCUGUUUCAGAUCGUGGGCUUCUCCAACCCCAUUGCAGUUGGCACCGUUGUAGCCGGAACGAACUGGAUCUUCACAGUUCUAUCUAUCUUUCUUAUCGAUCGAGUUGGACGUCGCAGACUCCUGCUCUGGACAAUGUGGGGAAUGCCUGUUUGCCUAGCCAUCGCAGCCAUCGCUUUCCACUGGAUUCCCCUGGACCUCAACACUUUGGAGCUCAAGACCCAGGAAGUCGGCUGGCCAGCCAUCCUGGUCUUGGUCUCAAUGAUCAUGUUCGUGGCGUUUUACGCCGCUGGCUUGGGCUGUGUUCCUUGGCAGGCCAACGAGUUCCUCCCCAUGGAGGUCCGAGCGAGUGGCACAAUGAUGAUCAACAUUUUCAACUGGGGACCAAAUAUUAUCGUUUCUUCUACAUUUCUGUCUAUGAUGCGAGGCAUGACACCAUCUGGCACCUUCGGGUUCUACGCUGGCUUGUCAUUCCUCGGCUGGGUGUUCGUGAUUUUCUGCGUCCCUGAAGCUGCCAAUAUGACAUUAGAGGAAAUUCGUGUGGUAUUUGAGCAUGGCUUCGGUGUCAGAUAUGCUGAGGAGUGGAGGAAACAGAGAAAGCUGGACUUGCAGGCAAGAAGGGAGGAGGCCAACGUUUAG